GCUGUCAUUUAGUUGUUGAUAAAAUUUACAUAAUUCGUCAGUUCGAUUCCACUGGCACCGACGUUUGAUGGUCAACCCGGGAGCGGCAUUCCAUCAUGGGCAUGCGGCCACCACUUCGGAAGUUCACAGCAUUGCUAACAGGCUUGGUCAUGGUGACAACUCUCAUGAUACGAUGGAUCAUGGCAUGCAUUCCGGCUCUAAUCACCACCAUCCACCGAUGCCCGUGCACGAGGGACACCACUCCGAUUCGAUGUCGCACGGCAUUCACGAAAACAGUGCUGGAGGUCCCCAUGCCCACCACGGGGACGGAGGUGACCAUACCGACCACGAUAUGUCUAUGUCGAUGUUUUUCCAUACCGGCCAUACUGAGACCAUACUGGUCAAGUUCUGGCGCACUGAAUCCGCAUUGGCGAUAGCGCUGUCCUGCCUGGUAAUUUUCUUGGUAGCCGUUUUCUAUGAGGCUCUUAAGUUUUUCCGGGAGUGGUUGUAUGCGAAGCAAAGCAAAAGGCUGGCAGCGGGCAUGGAGAUGAGGAAGAGCUCGCGGCGGGACAGCUACAACCAGCCCACGCGGCUGCAAGACCCGUCGCAAGUGUAUGCGAACCGGCCCCGAUCGCCAUCGAUGCCGCCGUUGCAGAGUGGCAAUACGGGAGCUCAGUCCAUCUCUAACAAUCCCGCAAGUCCCAGCCGGGUCCGCCAUCAUCCAGGGAGAGGUCGCCGCAUCCAGCCGGAGCCAUUGCCACCCGCAAAGCUCCCGUGGCACAAGGUGUGGUGCUCGAGGAUGCACCUCUUGCAGACCUUUCUCCACGUUAUUCAGGUGUUCAUCUCCUUUAUGCUGAUGCUUGUCUUCAUGACCUUCAACGUGUGGCUGUGCGUGGCUGUUUUACUGGGCGCCGGAGUGGGCUACUAUAUAUUCUGCGCCUUCAGCACCCGCAUCUACGAGCACUGCAACUGAACGUGGGCAAAAACGAGCUGGAAAACUGGGCCGAAACGGCCCAAAAACGACUCAAAACGAGACGAGCGGCGGAGUUCUCCCAGCUAAUGUAUUUUUCUAAUUAAAGCGAGUUGUAAAAAUCAUAACGGCCGUGGGCCGCAGGCCUAAUUGUUAAUGUUAAUGGCUCGUAAAACAAUGAACGCAGCAUCUUCCCCUGGCGGACUAAAGGGGCAUCUGCAGAGUUUUGGUUGCGUAGCGUGCUCAUA